CGUUUCUAAUGACCAAUCAUCUCUCUCCUUCUUCAUCAUUCUCUAUCACACAAAUGCCAUAAAACCUCCAUUUCCUCUUCCUCAAUAAACCCAAACCAGAACAAGAAGAAGAAGAAAACAUGCAGCCACUAGUUCUUCUCCUUCUCUUCAUCAUCUGUUCUUCACUCAAGUCCGGUUUAGGUCAACCCGGUAUCAUCAACAACGAUUUUCAGACUCUUCUCGAGGUGAAGAAAUCUUUCGUCACGACUCCACAAGAAGACGAUCCUCUCCGACAAUGGAACUCUGUUAACGUCAACUACUGUUCUUGGACCGGAGUCACAUGCGACGAUACCGGUUUAUUUCGUGUAAUUGCUCUAAACCUUACCGGUUUAGGAUUAACCGGUUCGAUUUCUCCUUGGUUUGGCCGGUUUGACAACCUAAUCCACCUUGAUCUAUCUUCCAACAAUCUAGCUGCUCGGCUCCUCGUUAAUCUCCGGUCGCUUAGGAUCGGAGACAACGAGCUUGUCGGAGCUAUACCAGAGACGUUAGGGAACUUGGUUAAUCUCCAGAUGCUUGCUCUGGCUUCGUGUAGACUCACUGGUCCUAUACCAAGUCAGCUUGGUAGACUCGUCAGGGUUCAGUCAUUGAUAUUGCAAGAUAACUAUCUCGAAGGACCGAUUCCAGUGGAGUUAGGAAAUUGCUCUGAUCUCACUGUCUUCACCAUGGCGGAGAACAUGCUCAACGGGACAAUACCGGCGGAGUUGGGACGGCUCGGAAGCCUUGAGAUACUCAAUCUGGCUAACAACAGUCUCACCGGAGAGAUACCGAGUCAACUCGGUGAAAUGAGCCAACUACAGUAUCUUAGCUUGAUGGCAAAUCAACUUCAAGGUUUUAUCCCCAAGAGUUUGGCUGAUCUGAGAAAUCUUCAAAUGCUUGAUUUAUCGGCGAAUAAUCUCACCGGAGAGAUACCUGAAGAAUUCUGGAACAUGAGUCAGCUUCUUGAUUUGGUUCUAGCAAACAAUCAUUUCUCUGGUUCUUUACCAAAGAGCAUAUGUUCGAACAACACAAACUUGGAGCAAUUGAUUUUGUCUGGAACUCAGCUUUCAGGUGAAAUCCCUGUAGAAUUAAGCAAAUGUCAGUCUCUUAAACAGCUCGAUUUGUCGAAUAAUUCGCUCGUUGGAUCGGUCCCUGAGGCAUUGUUUCAGCUAGUCGAACUCACGGAUCUUUAUCUCCACAACAAUACCUUGGAGGGUAAGUUAUCUCCUUCAAUAUCAAACCUCACCAAUCUACAGUGGCUUGUGUUGUAUCACAAUAACUUGGAAGGUACGUUACCAAAGGAGAUCAGCACGCUCGGGCAAUUACAGGUUCUGUUUCUGUAUGAGAAUCGUUUCUCAGGGGAAAUCCCAAAGGAGAUUGGAAAUUGCACAAGCUUGAAGAUGAUCGAUCUGUUCGGGAAUCAUUUCGAAGGAGAGAUUCCUCCUUCAAUAGGAAGAUUAAAGGAGCUUAACCUACUUCACUUGAGACAGAACGAGCUUGUGGGUGGACUUCCCGCCAGUUUGGGUAACUGUCAUCAACUGAAAAUCUUGGAUUUGGCGGAUAAUCAGCUCUGGGGAUCGAUUCCUUCGUCUUUCAGGUUCUUGAAGGGAUUGGAACAGCUAAUGCUUUACAACAAUUCUCUUCAAGGAAAUCUUCCUGAUUCACUUAUCAGUCUGAGGAACCUCACCAGAAUCAAUCUCUCUCACAACAGACUCAAUGGAACGAUUCAUCCGUUAUGUGGUUCGAGUUCAUACCUCUCUUUCGAUGUCACCAACAAUGAGUUUGAAGAUGAAAUCCCUCUGGAGCUAGGAAACUCUCAAAAUCUUGAUCGUCUCAGGUUAGGGAAGAAUCAAUUCACUGGGAGAAUCCCUUGGACGUUGGGAAAAAUCCGCGAGUUGUCGCUGUUGGAUAUCUCAAGCAAUUCUCUCACAGGAACCAUUCCGCUACAGCUUGUCUUGUGCAAGAAACUGACACACAUCGAUCUCAAUAACAAUUUUCUUUCAGGUCAAAUACCUCCAUGGCUUGGAAAGCUUUCACAGUUAGGAGAGCUCAAGCUUUCUUCUAAUCAGUUUGCUGAGUCUUUGCCUGCUGAGCUGUUCAACUGUACAAAGCUGCUUGUGUUGUCUCUUGAUGGAAACUUGCUUAACGGGUCGAUCCCGCAAGAGAUUGGUAACUUGGGAGCUCUCAAUGUCCUUAACCUCGAUAAGAACCAGUUUUCAGGUUCACUUCCUCAAGCUAUGGGCAAGCUUAGCAAGCUCUAUGAGCUUCGGUUAUCAAGAAACAGCCUAACAGGAGAAAUCCCAAUUGAGAUUGGACAGCUUCAGGAUCUUCAAAGUGCUUUAGACCUCAGCUACAAUAACUUUACCGGAGAUAUACCUUCGACAAUUGGGACGUUAUCAAAGCUGGAAACACUUGAUCUUUCUCACAAUCAGCUUACAGGGGAAGUUCCUGGCGCGGUAGGGGACAUGAAGAGUUUAGGCUAUCUCAAUCUCUCUUUCAAUAACCUCGGAGGCAAACUCAAGAAACAGUUCUCAAGAUGGCCAGCUGAUUCCUUUGUAGGCAACACAGGUCUCUGUGGAAGCCCGCUUAGUCGCUGUAACAGAGUUGGAAGUAACAACAAGCAACAGGGUCUUAGUGCCAGAUCAGUGGUGAUAAUAUCAGCAAUCUCAGCAUUGACAGCGAUUGGUUUAAUGAUACUUGUAAUCGCUCUCUUCUUCAAACAAAGGCAUGAUUUCUUCAAGAAAGUGGGUGAUGGAAGUACUGCGUACUCAUCGUCAAGCUCUUCUUCACAAGCUACACACAAGCCUCUCUUUCGAACCGGAGCUUCAAAGUCAGAUAUUAAGUGGGAAGACAUAAUGGAAGCCACGCAUAAUCUAAGCGAAGAGUUCAUGAUUGGAUCAGGAGGCUCUGGGAAGGUUUACAAGGCAGAGCUUGAUAAUGGUGAGACUGUUGCUGUGAAAAAGAUUCUCUGGAAGGAUGAUCUCAUGUCAAACAAGAGCUUCAGCAGAGAAGUUAAGACGCUUGGAAGAAUCAGACAUAGGCAUCUGGUUAAGCUAAUGGGUUACUGCAGCAGCAAGUCAGAAGGAUUGAAUCUGUUGAUAUAUGAGUACAUGAAGAACGGAAGCAUCUGGGAUUGGCUUCAUGAGGAGAAACCCGUGCUCGAAAAAAUGCCGAAGAUUAUAGACUGGGAAGCAAGAUUGAGAAUAGCAGUAGGAUUGGCUCAAGGAGUAGAGUACCUUCAUCAUGACUGCGUUCCUCCUAUCGUUCACCGUGAUAUAAAAUCCAGUAAUGUGCUCCUCGAUUCAAACAUGGAAGCACAUUUAGGAGAUUUCGGUCUUGCCAAGGUCUUAACUGAGAACUGUGAUACCAACACAGAUUCAAAUACCUGGUUUGCAUGCUCUUAUGGCUACAUCGCUCCAGAGUAUGCUUACUCGUUGAAGGCGACUGAGAAGAGCGACGUUUACAGUAUGGGGAUAGUGUUGAUGGAGAUUGUGACUGGGAAAAUGCCAACCGACUCAGUGUUUGGUGCAGAGAUGGACAUGGUGAGAUGGGUUGAAACACAUCUUGAGAUAGCGGGUUCUGUGAGAGAUAAGCUCAUAGAUCCAAAGCUUAAGCCACUUUUGCCAUUUGAGGAAGAUGCAGGCUUAUCAGGUGCUUGAGAUUGCACUUCAGUGCACAAAAACUUCUCCCCAAGAGAGACCAUCUUCUAGACAAGCUUGUGAUAGUCUUCUCCAUGUCUACAACAAUAGAACGGCGGGUUAUAAGAAGCUGUAAAAACUGAUACCUGCAAAUGUUUUUGGAG